AUGACACGCUCAGCCGCCCUCCUCGCCGUCCUCGCGGGUCUGGCCGCCCUCCUGGCUCCCGCGGCAGGGGUGCCCGUCCGCCAGCAGCGCCCCCACCACAAGCUGCUCCUGGUGUCCUUCGAUGGCUUCCGCUGGGACUAUGACCAGGACGUGCACACCCCCAACCUGGAUGCCAUGGCGCUCGAAGGCGUGAAAGCCCGCUACAUGACCCCUGCCUUCGUCACCAUGACCAGCCCCUGCCACUUCACCCUGGUCACUGGCAAGUACAUCGAGAACCACGGCGUGGUCCACAACAUGUACUACAACACCACCAGCAAGGUGAAGCUGCCCUACCACGCCACGCUGGGCAUUGAGAGGUGGUGGGACAACGGCAGCGUGCCCAUCUGGAUCACCGCCCAGCGGCAGGGCUUAAAGACCGGCUCCUUCUUCUAUCCUGGCGGGAACGUCACCUACCAAGGCACGGCGGUGACGCUGAGCCGGAAGGAAGGCGCUCUGCACAACUACAAAAACGAGAAGGAGUGGAGAAGCAACAUCGACACGGUGAUGAGGUGGUUCACGGAGGAGGGCCUGGACCUGGUCACGCUCUACUUCGGAGAGCCCGACUCCACGGGCCACAAGUACGGCCCCGAGUCCCAGCAGAGGAAGCAGAUGGUGGAGCAGGUGGACAGGACGGUGGGCUACCUGCGGGAGAGCAUCAGGCACAGCGGCCUCGACGGCAGCCUCAACCUGAUCAUCACGUCCGACCACGGCAUGAGCACCGUCCACAAGAAAGCCGGCGACCUGGUGGAGUUCCACAAGUUCCCCAACUUCACCUUCCAGGACAUCGAGUUCCAGCUCCUGGACUACGGGCCGAACGGCAUGCUGCUGCCCAAAGCAGGGAAACUGGAGAAGGUGUACGAGGCCCUCAAGGAUGCGCACCCCAAGCUCCACGUCUACAAGAAGGAGGCCUUCCCCAAGUCUUUCCACUACGCCAACAACCCCAGGAUCACGCCCCUGCUCAUGUACAGCGACCCCGGCUACGUCAUCCAUGGGAGACUGAACGUGCAGUUCAACAACGGGGAGCACGGCUUCGACAACGGGGUCAUGGACAUGAAGACCAUCUUCCGGGCCGUGGGCCCCAGCUUCAGGAGGGGCCUGGAGGUAGAACCCUUUGAGAGCGUCCACGUGUACGAGCUCCUGUGCAAGCUGCUAGGCAUCGUGCCCGAGGCCAACGACGGGAACCUCAGCACCCUGCUGCCCAUGCUCACACCCAGGGCCGACAGCGGGGUCCCCAGUACCGCCCCGUCCACAACGCACUCAGGGUCUGCCCUCCUGGCUGGCGGCUGCCCCACCCUGGUGACCGGGCUGCUGGGGGCUGCAAUUCUUCUGGCCAAGGUCGAAUAA